UUUCACUGGCUCGUCUCCGGAGCUGGAUGGGAUGUAGAGGACUUGAAUUCUGCGAUUUUCUCCUUUUCAAAACACACUAAAGGAGGUUUAAGACAUGAGUGUCCUUUUUACAGAGCUCACACUUCCCUGUAAACGACCUGUAAAUGUCCGGUCCCCUGCAGGUGUCACAGUUUGGGCAGAGGACGGGGAUAUCGCCCAAGAGGAGGCGCGUUCUUCUCCCCCCUGGUCAGAGGAGCGCUGUGAGGAGCUCUGGGAUCGGGUGGAGGGGGUACGGCACAAGCUGACGCGCAUCCUCAACCCGGCCAAACUCACCCCAUACCUGCGGCAGUGCAAGGUCAUUGAUGAGCAGGAUGAAGACGAGGUGCUCAACUCUACACAGUACCCACUGCGCAUCAGCAAGGCCGGUCGCUUGCUGGACAUUCUGCAUGGUCAAGGCCAGCGAGGCCUUCAAGCCUUCAUGGAGUCACUGGAGUUUUACCACCCAGACCAGUACACACAGCUGACGGGACAGCAGGCCACGCAGCGAUGCUCCCUCAUACUGGAUGAGGAGGGUCCGGAGGGUUUGACACAGUUCCUGCUCCUGGAGGUGCGUAAACUUCGAGAGCAGCUUCGAAACAGCCGCAUGUGUGAGCGACGCCUGUCUCAGCGCUGCCGCAUGGCAGAGGAGGAACGCAGCCGUGCUGAACGCAAAGCUCAGGAGUUACGUCAAGACAGACUGCAACUUGAGAGGCUGCGGCAGGACUGGGAGUCGGCCAGCCGAGAGCUGGGCAAGCUGAAGGACAGGCACCUGGAGCAGGCUGUGAAGUACUCCAGGGCCCUGGAAGAGCAGGGCAUGGCCUCCACCCGUGAGAGAGAGCUGCUGAGGCAGGUAGAGGAGCUGAAGUCCAGGUUGGCCGAGACAGAAAAACAAACAAUCAAUACUCCAGGGAAUACCACGCCAGCAAAACGGAACAGUUUGCUCUCUAAUGGAGUAAAUGAUUCUCCGCCUGCUUUACCAGAAAAGCCGUUGCAUCGUAUUCACAUUAAGAAAGCCGAGAAUAUAGAAGCUCAGAUGAAGGUCUCAGCUCCCACCAGUGGAACCGUAGCUCUGAUGGAUAUCUUGCAGCAGGACCGCAGGGAGGCUGCAGAGCAGAGGCAGGAGCUCUGUGAUAUCAUCACCAGACUACAGGGGGAGCUACAGAGCACUGAGGAAAACUGGGAGAAGCUGGAGUCGCAGUGCGAGCAGCUGCAGCUAAAGGUCAGAACUCUCCAGCUGGACUGGGAGACUGAGCAGAAGAGGAGUGUGUCCUAUUUCAACCAGAUCAUGGAACUGGAAAAGGAGCGAGACCAGGCUCUGCGCAGUCGAGACAGCCUGCAGCUGGAGUACACAGACUGUCUGCUGGAUAAGAACCGUCUGCGUAAACGCAUUGCAGAGCUGCAGGCCAACCUGGAGCAGCUGGAGAGGGAGCAAGAGAGAGAAAGGGAGAGGGGCCGCGAGCAGAUGGAGCAGAGCAGCACCUGUCUGCACUGUUCUCACCUGUCCCUGUGCAGCGAGGACCAGUGCUACGGCCCCUGCUGUUCCCUCGGCCUGGACCUCAAACCUCAGGCCAAUAGCACUCGCCCGCUGCUACGAAAGACGCACUCUAGUGGUCAAGCUAAUGAAAACUCAGGGGAUUCUCAUUCCAACUCCGAGGAGAAUCUCCUUUCAUCAACAGAAGACAAUGAAAAAGAAAUAAAUCGUCUCUCCACAUUCCCCUUCCCGCCAUGUAUGAACUCUAUCAACCGCAGAUUCAACACAGAGUUCGACUUGGAAUCGUGGGGCAGUGAUGAGAACGAUAACAUUACAGGUGAGCAGAGUGAACCCUCUCUGUGGGAUUCCUGUAACUCCUUACACUCUCAUCUCUUCCCCCCUGACUUGGUUAACCUGCCUGCAGUCUCUUCACACCAACCCAAUCCCAGUGUUCCCAGGAUACCCUCCCGCUCCCCAUCCUCAAGCCCCCCCAUCUCACCAAAGCACGGGAGAGCAAGUCUAGCUGACGAUAUCACGAUAGUAGGAGGAAACCAAACAGGGAUCUUUGUCCGCCAUGUUAAAGCCGGUUCCCCAGCUGAACAGUGUGGACUGAAGGAGGGCACUGAGCUGCUGGAGCUGGAGCGUGUCCUGUUUGGUGGGGGCAGCGUGCUGCUGGGCCAGUGCACUGCUGAGGUAGCCCAUUUUUCUCUGCAGUGGUGGACCGAGCCUUCAGCACUCAAACAUAAGAGCAACCCAGAGGCAUACUCCAAGCUGUGCUCCCAGCUCUCAUCGCCUACUUUUAUGGGCGCUGACUCCUUCUAUGUGCGUGUUAAUCUCAACAUGGAGCCUCGGGGUGACCCGCCGUCUCUGGGUGUGUCAUGUGAUGACAUUAUACAUGUCACAGACACAAGGUACAAUGGAAAAUAUCAUUGGAGCUGUUCCCUGGUGGACCCACUCACAGCUAAGCCUCUGCAGAGAGGAACCAUGCCCAACUACAACAGGGCCCAACAGCUGUUACUCGUCAGGCUACGAAAAAUGGCCCUGGAGCAAAAGGACUUCAAGAGGAAGUUCUUAAGGAAAGCAUCUGGGCGUGUACGGUUGGUAAAAGCAGUGGACCCCAGUUGCCGUGGGUUUGGUUCCACACAGCAGGUCCUUUACACACUCAGCAAACGUCACGAGGAGCACUUGAUCCCAUACAGUUUAGUGCACCCGGUGCAGGUGCAGACUAAGCGGCCGGUCAUCUUCUCCCCGUCUCUCCUCUCACGUGGUCUCAUAGAGAGGUUGCUGCAACCAGCAGAGUCUGGUUUGAAGUUCAACACCUGCCCAGCAGAGCCAAUCCAGGCUUCAGAGAGGCGAGACAAGAGAGUGUUCCUGUUGGAUUCCUGCAGUCCAGAGCAGGCUCUGGGCAUACGGCUGGAGACAAUACAGGAUGUCAUCAGCCAGGACAAACACUGUCUGCUGGAGCUGGGGCUACCCAGUGUUGAGGGCUUAUUGAGACAAGGGAUUUACCCUAUCGUCAUCUAUAUUCGCCCGAAGAGCAAAAAGCACAAGAAGCUAAGGAAGUUUUUUCCUCGGUGUGGAGAGGACAGCGUCAUGGAGGAGGUGUGCCAGGCCGAGGAGCUGCAGCUGGAGACACUACCCCUGCUCUACUACACCCUGGAGCCCAGCACCUGGAGCUGCACUGAUGAGCUGCUGGCAGCCAUAAGCAACGCCAUCCAGAGCCAGCAGAGGGCGGUGGCGUGGAUCGAACUGGACAGGUUGCAGUAGAGGAGAGAAACUGAAAAUGUAUAUUCACAAAGAACACUAGAUUCUGCUGUCUUUAAAUAAGGAUCUAUAGAGGAUUUAGAUGCAGUGUUGAAUCAUCCUACUACUAAGUGAGUUGACAAAGAUCAAUUUGGGAAUUACUUGUAAUUUCAAAAGACACUUAGCUCUAUGUACAUGCAUGCAAAGAUAAAUGUCAUACUUAUGUCCUAUAUAGCCAAGCUGGACUUGCUAAAAUGGGCGGAUAGUGAAAACAUUUACAUUAACCCACACAAGAAAUGUCACAUGACCUACUGGUUUACCUGUUUUUAUUAACAAGAAUUAUGUCAUGUUACUGUUUUCCAUUCAAACUAAGUUUUAUUGAAUAACUGUACUUUGAAUAUAUUUCUCAUGGGAUCACACAUUUUAAAGGUAUUUGAAUCACUGGUCAUACAUGAGUAUAAAUGUAAGCUGUGAGGUCACAAAGAGGGGUGAAAGGUAUCUAGAUAUUUUUUUUAUGGCUGCAUAUGACAGAGUCAGCAAGUCUUUAUUUACACUACAUUGUACAACAGCAUGGAGGGGAAAAAUGACUAUCAAUAGAUGUAUAAAUACAUAAGUAAAUACCUAAAUAAAUUUUGUAACAUAUGUUGAAUUAAUUUAUGUUCAAUUAAAGCAAGAGAUAAAGGAUAAGUGCAUAAAUAAAAAUAAAAAAGUUAAUAAAUAAAAUGAACAGAAAUAAAUAUAAACUAAAAUGUAUUUUGGCAUUUUUGGACAACUACAUUUCUUAUGUAUGUUAAGGGGUUUGGUGGUCCUAAUCUCAGCAUUUAUUAUUUCCAUCUUCAUUUUGUUCUUUUAUUUAUUUAUUUCUGAAUAUAUUUAUACGUCUAUUCAUUGAUUGAUACUUAAGUGACUUUUAGCCCUCCAUGUAACAGAGGCUGCAUCAGUAUGACAAAAUUAUCUUGUUUUUGUAUCUGCCAUUUAUUUUCUUGUGUA